AUAAUAUAUAAAGACGGUGAUGUCACUUAAUUUGACGGCGGCACAUUCAUCUCGCAUAAAGAAACCGUCCUCUGCUUCUCGCCAAAAGACUGCAUUUGGCUCCUUCCGGCGUACCAAGGCUCCCCCCCCGACUGUACCUCGUAGAGGCACGCAGGUUGAAUCCAGCGUCCACCAGGCGGAUGAAAGUAGUGGAAAAAAAUAUACCAACAGCACUGGGGAUGGAGAUGUGCUGUUCCAUGAACCACUGUCAGACCUGGGCCCUUCGAGGGUCGUCGCAGAAUCAGCCGCUGUCGACAAUGUGACGAAGGCCAUCCAGCACAUUCGGAAUACGAUGUUCAGUGACAUACCGGAAAGAAGGUCAGGAAUGAAUAGUGCACGGAUUGCACAGAUUAUGGCAUUCAGAAAGUCACUCCCACCCAUCGUGUCUGUGGCGCAUGUACAUGUUCUGCUCGACGAGCCAACGAAGGUGGAACGAGAGAUCGUGCAGCUGAUUGACUCGGCAGUCGUGCGGAGACUGCUUGUUACCGGUCGUGGAGACGGGACUUAUGGACUGGGAGACUGUCUUGUAUCACUGGACGACUGGGAGGAGCUGGUCAGAAACAGCCCUUCUCUGGAUGAUGCGUUGAAAGACCGCUUCAUCGAGGCCCUACGGAAGGACACGAAGUCCCCCGCAGUCCCUGCAGGCUUCUUCUCACCAGAAGAAACUGCUGCACUGGUCCGUUCGGGCUUCCUAGUCACAGCCUCAUCUCAUUCCAAGAGCGGCUACAUCAACGUAGGCCGCUCGAUAGCUUCAGGCUCCACGGAUCGUAGUGUCAGCUCACGGGAAGAAAAAGGGUCAACGAUGAUCCUCUCUUUACCCAAUAUGGGACCGUACCUCCGACUGCUCGGCUCGGCACGCACUCAGAUAUUAGAAACGCUUCGAAAGUCUCGAUAUAGCGAGGCACCCCUCUACCUGAUUCGUGAUCGAUGGGAUGGGUCAGUGGAGAUGAAUUCCCGAGCCAGUAUGGCGAAGCACGUCCGUGGAGAGUUUUCGGGUGUUUUACCCGGACGAACAAACAAGUGGAAGCAGCUGUAUGGCUUGAACUUUUAUUGGGCGCUAGAAGAAGCGUUGGGUGCAGGCCUGAUCGAGGUUUUUAACACAGGAAGCGUUGGUCCCGGAGUGCGGAGUGUAUAA